CCUGCUCCCACAGCCCGGACAGAAGGGAGGGGAGCUGGAAGCGCGGCUGGGAAAUCAUCAUAAUACGAGGGGGCAAAAUAAUCAUUUUCACCGUUUUCCUCAUCCGGACGAGAUGCCAACACUCAACAUGUCUGCAGAAACGGAAGGAGCUGCUGCCGCCAACUCGUGAUUCUUCCAAACGCCGAGACAACGCCGAGAGGCUGACAGAGAAAGUCUCACCUCUACACUCCGUGAACGCCGAGCAGGUUAACCCAGAGGCCAUGAGCGUGCACGCCAACGACCCCGAGAGCAUCCUGAGCUACCAGAGGCCAGAUGAGGAGGUGGUGGUAGACCAGGGAGGGACCAGCUCAGUACUGAACAUCCACUAUGAGAAGGAGGAACUAGAAGGCCACAGGACUCUGUUCGUGGGGGUUCGGAUGCCCAGACAGAGCCAUCGUCACCACAAGGCCCACGGCUCCCGCCACCGCAAGAGGGACAGGAGGUCAGGAAGCACCGCAACACAACAAAGCGAAGGAACCGAGACGACCACCUCCAGUCAUGACACGCCGUCCCAGCGGGUCCAGUUCAUCCUGGGCUCAGAGGAGGAUGCUGAACAUGUGGCCCACGAGUUGUUCACCGAGCUGGAUGAGAUCUGCGUGAAGGAUGGCAAGGAUGCUGAGUGGAAGGAAACAGCCAGGUGGUUGAAGUUUGAGGAGGACGUGGAGGAUGGUGGCGAGAGGUGGAGCAAACCUUAUGUUGCUACGCUUUCCCUCCACAGCUUGUUUGAGCUCCGCAGUUGUAUCAUCAAUGGCAGUGUGUUGCUUGACAUGCAUGCUGACUGCAUCGAAGAGAUUGCAGACAUGGUGCUGGACCACCAGGAGGCGUCACAUGAGUUGGAUGACAGCGUGAGAGUUCGGGUCCGCGAAGCCCUGCUGAAGAGACACCACCAUCAAAACGAGAAGAAGAAGAACCUGAUUCCAAUUGUACGCUCCAUCACAGAAGGAGCUCGCAAACAGUCAGAGCCCCACCUGACAGCAUCAGCCACAUCUCCACAGCCUCCUCCACCCAGUGAACCAGCUAAGAAUGGAGCUGGGCAGGACAGCGCCCAGGUGGACCUCAGUAAGGUGGACAUGCACUUCAUGAAAAAGAUCCCAGAGGGGGCCGAGGCUUCCAAUGUGCUGGUGGGAGAGCUGGACUUCCUGGAGAGGCCUAUUGUGGCCUUUGUCCGCCUUUCUCCUGCUGUACUGCUCACCGGACUCACUGAGGUCCCCAUACCUACCAGGUUCCUCUUCAUUCUUCUGGGCCCAGAUGGAAAGGCUCAGCAAUACCAUGAAAUUGGACGCUCCAUGGCAACCAUCAUGACCGAUGAGAUCUUCCAUGAUGUAGCAUACAAAGCAAAAGACAGAAGUGACCUGCUAGCUGGGAUAGAUGAGUUCCUGGACCAGGUGACUGUUCUGCCACCGGGAGAAUGGGACCCCUCCAUCCGCAUCGAGCCCCCAAAGAAUGUCCCAUCUCAGGAGAAGAGGAAGAUGCCAGGAGUCCCUAAUGGCACAGCCUGUCAAGUCAUGGAAGAGCUACAUGCUGAACAUCAUGGGCCAGAGCUGCAGAGAACUGGAAGGUUGUUUGGUGGUCUGAUACUGGACAUCAAGAGAAAAGCUCCGUUCUAUCUGAGCGACUUUAAGGACGGUCUGAGCCUCCAGUGUGUGGCCUCCUUCCUCUUCCUCUACUGUGCCUGCAUGUCUCCUGUCAUCACCUUUGGAGGGCUGCUUGGGGAGGCGACAGAAGGACGCAUUAGUGCCAUAGAGUCCUUACUUGGUGCGUCUAUGACUGGAGUCGCCUACUCUCUGUUUGCUGGUCAGCCUCUCACCAUUCUGGGCAGCACAGGUCCUGUUCUGGUGUUUGAGAAAAUCCUCUUUAAAUUCUGCAAGGACUACGACCUGUCCUAUCUUUCUCUACGAACAUGCAUAGGCCUGUGGACGGCCCUGCUGUGCUUGGUGUUGGUUGCCACGGACGCCAGUUCUCUAGUAUGUUACAUCACUCGGUUCACGGAGGAGGCAUUCGCUGCCCUCAUCUGCCUCAUCUUCAUCUAUGAAGCCUUGGAGAAAUUGUUUCACCUGGGAGAACUCUACCCCUUCAAUGCACAUAGUGAUCUGGACAAGCUCACACUGGCAUACUGUAGGUGCGCAGAGCCUGAUAAUCCCAGUAAUAAAACCUUAGAACUGUGGAGUGAGAGGAACAUCACAGCCUCUGCUAUACCCUGGGCCAACUUGACUGUCAAGGAGUGUAUCAGUCUGCAGGGCCACUUUGUUGGGACAGCAUGUGGCCACCACGGCCCCUACACUCCAGAUGUCCUCUUCUGGUCUACCAUCUUGUUCUUCUCAACGUUCUUCAUGUCUGCAUUCCUCAAACAAUUCAAGACUAGUCGUUAUUUUCCCACCAAGGUGCGGUCUAUGAUCAGUGACUUUGCUGUGUUCCUCACCAUUGUCUUUAUGGUCCUGCUUGAUUUUGCUAUUGGAGUGCCCUCCCAAAAAUUGAAGGUGCCGAGUAAAUUCCAGCCUACCAGAGAUGAUCGUGGCUGGUUGAUCAAUCCAAUAGGACGCAACCCAUGGUGGACAGUCCUGGCUGCCUCUAUUCCUGCGCUCCUCUGCACCAUCCUCAUCUUCAUGGACCAGCAGAUUACAGCCGUCAUCAUCAAUCGCAAAGAGCACAAGCUGCUGAAAGGCUGUGGGUACCAUCUGGACCUGCUGAUGGUGGGUGUGAUGCUGGCUGUGUGUUCCGUCAUGGGUUUGCCCUGGUUCGUAGCAGCCACUGUCCUGUCCAUCUCUCAUGUCAACAGUCUGAAGCUGGAGUCAGAGAGCUCAGCUCCAGGAGAGCAACCACGCUUCCUGGGCAUUCGAGAGCAGAGACUCACUGGUCUGGUCAUCUUCCUGCUCAUGGGCUGCUCUGUGUUCAUGACUAAAGCCCUGCAGUUCAUUCCGAUGCCAGUGUUGUAUGGUGUUUUCCUGUACAUGGGAGCCUCUUCACUAAAAGGCAUCCAGUUCUUUGAUCGUCUGAAACUGUUUGGUAUGCCGGCGAAGCACCAGCCGGACUUCAUCUAUCUGCGGCACGUCCCCUUGAGGAAGGUGCACCUAUUCACUCUCACCCAGCUCACCUGUCUGGUUCUGCUCUGGGUCAUUAAGACUUCACCAGCUGCUAUCGUCUUCCCCAUGAUGGUGCUGGCUCUGGUUUUCAUCCGCAAGCUGCUGGACUUUUGUUUCUCUAAACGAGAGCUGAGCUACCUGGAUGAUUUAAUGCCGGAGUGGAAGAAAAAAAACCUUGAUGAUGCCUCCAAGAAGAUGGAAGAGGAAUCAGAGGUUAUGCUCAGCACAAAAAAGGAAGAUGCGACUACAGUUCAGAUCCCCAUGGAGAGCAGCAAACCUGUACAGACUCCAAAAGCACAUGAUCCCAGGUGUGAUCCCUCUGAUAUUAACAUAUCUGAUGAAAUGUCUAAAACCACGGUGUGGAAAUCCCUCAACUCCAAUCAAAAGGACACUCGUCCUGUGGCUGCUAAAAAGGAUUGAAGGGAUCGCGUUCAUUGAUGAGUAAAGGACGUUCACACUCCUGGCAGACUCAGCUGUAUCACUGGACUGUAGUUCUGGACAACAGGACGCCACGAUCUGGCUGCUUCAACCAUCAGCCACUUCAGUGCUUAGAGAAAUAAGUCUCAACAAUUACUACCAGCUACCCAUAACAUAUAAUACUGCCCACAUACACAGAUAAAGGCAAGGGUGCAGUACACUCACACAUUCUUCUAUCUUUGUGAGGUUUGUAAAUAAAAACUGCAUUUCAAAUCUAAUGUGACUAUGAGCUCUGGAAUUAAAACCAUUGCUAACUCAGUUCUAAUGCUGUGACUGGCAACUAACCCUAAGCUCACCCACUUUCUCUAUCAUUGGCUUAAAUUUAAAUUUAAAGUUCAUUUUCAUUUUUAACCUCACCACUAUUACAUAGACACAACAUCAGCCUCUUACACCAUCUAAACCAGGCGAGCAGUGGCCAACCUUGUGGGUAUUUUAAUUUCAGGUCCAAACCCAGACAGGAACUGAUCCCCGUAGUGACAAGUGCUGGCAAACCCACUGCCUUUGGCUCUUGAUCCGAAUGUGAAAUUGAGAGAUGAUAUUAAGGACGACACAGCAUUCACCUGUGAGAAUCCAAUACUAUCGAACAGCUCAGUUUUAAUUAAUUUGUGGAGAGCAAUGAGACAGACUCUGCUAAUGUAAUCUAGAGAGAAAUGCUGGAGCUGCUCCACCGGCAGUAAAUAACGAAGCAGCUGUGAGGAGACACUGACAGCUGCUGGCAGCCGCGAUGAUUUUACUGAGAUACGUUUUCUGUUUCAUAGCUGGAAAAACAUACAUUCACAUAAAGCUUAUUUGUGGGUGUACCACCUCCAAUAGCCUUACAACGCCUCCUGCCAGCAGCUCCUGAGGCUUGUCUUUAAAUAGAAAACAGUGCUGUGAGAGAGAGAGAACCAAAACAAUAAGCUACAAACCUCUUUAAAGUUGAGAGGAACUGCAGAUUUGGGUGAUAAUUUAUUGUUGGUCCUUCGCUGCAGUUGACCCUUCUUUUAUAUACAAGUAGUCACGUGAUCCAUUGUUAAUAAGAUAUCAAUUAUAGCAGCUUCAAAGCCAUUUGGUCCUCACAAAGAUAGAAAGACACACAAACAUAUAUAACAACAACAACAGCUACAGCCUCUUCUCCUCUUUUUCACCCUUUCUUUAGAAACAACAUCUAACCUUCACCCUGCCACUGUACACUUAGCUGGGCUAUAUAAUGGAGCGUAAAUGCUCCUAUAAAACAAACCAGGUUCUUUUUAUUAAUCUAUGUAGGUUUGUCAAUCAUCAUUCCUUAAACCUACUCUAAAUCUAGAGUCUGUUUUUAUUCAUUGUGCCAUGAGUGGGUUCUUUAAAAAAAAAAAAAAAGUAGUGGUUGAUUAUUUGGUAGAACUGACAUUGCAGCUUCACAUACUCUUCUGGGGCAUAAAACUUUGUGUCAGUUUUGUGUGAUGACCUCAACUGAAAACUGUAAAUGUUAGAAGACCCACUUCAGUGGCAUCAAUAAUGUGCUUUUUGAGGUGUAUUCUUUUCCCUUUAUGGAUGUUUGUCUUUGAAUUAAUGAUUGUGUAGGAUGAAGGUUGUUCUACAGAAUGUUUGUCACGUAGUUUGUCUUAUUUCUUUACCUCAGACAAGACUACGAAUGCUCCUGCAAGGCACUUUGGAUGAUGUUUGGUCAGGGAAAAGCAGAGCAGUGUGUGUGUGUGCGUGCGUGCGUGCGUGCGUGCGUGCGUGCGUGCGUGCGUGCGUGCGUGUGUGUGUACAGAUCCACUUCAAAAAAUGGCUGGUGAAUAGUUGGAGAUGCAAGGAACGACAGUGCUGAAGUUGAAGCACAACGGAUAAACGAAGGUCUCUAUGUGGUCCAAAGCCUGGAACUUUGCUGCCUGUGGCUCUAAACUCUGUUACUAGGCAACAUCGUCAACAUUCAGUGUCAUGUGACAUUCUAAUUAGAAAAUCAAAGGCAAGUUAGACAGUCAUCUGACACUGGAUGUUGACAUUUUUUCUUUUUAAGCAAUAAUUUAUCCACAAUCAAACCAAAAUUAACCAUACCAGUUUCUUUAUUUAUCAGGGUCCUGUUGUACCAGUACAACCUUGUUCAUCCAUCUUCAGGUGGAAUUUGAAGCCAAAAAACACUUUAAUUACAUGUGCCAAUAAGAAAAUUGCAACAAUUACACACAAUCACUAGAUACUAUCUCGACAUUCAUCCUUUUCACUUAUGCUGAUUCCUGAGACAUUUCAGUUCAGAUACACUAGAUUCUACUGUAAUGUGCCCAGCAAAUGUGGUGGUUUUUAAUUUUUAUUUUCUUUUAAUUUCUGUGGGAUGAGACUCUCUUUUUGCAGUUUCACACACCAGUGUCACCUCAAAGCUUGGAAAGAGAGCAGAGAGAGAUUAUGCUUGAAAAGAAUGAUCUUCAAUAACACUUUAUUUGUAGAUGCACUUUCUGUAGAUAAAGAGGUUGUGAUAUAUUUUAUUUUCAAAAUCUCUAGUAAGCAAUUAAAUUAUUUUACAAAAAAUGAUUACAGUUAUUUAUUUUUAGAUAUAAAAUUAGAACCUAUUCUCUUUGCUUUCUGUAUAUAUGAUGUAUAAGCAAGAUUAGCUGAGGGAAAGGCUGAAGAAUGCAGCACAUAACUAAUGCUUUGGUGAAUGAAUGACUGUCAUGGCUUAUUAUUCCUUGGAGAACCAAGAGGUCUGCUGGGAGAAAUGAGGAGUUUGUGUAAUAAGCUGCAGUUGUCACAUCCUUGUAUCUUUGAUGGAGGAUUUAGAGAAUCAAAUUAAACUGACUCACUGAUAUUUACUUGGACUGUAACACAGAACUAUUCAGCAUUUUAUAUUUCAUGUGUUUUGGGGGGAAAUAUUCGCAGUUAGAGAAAGAAAAAGGACGACAAGCAACACAGGUCCUGACCUGGACUCUAAUCAGGGAUGCUGCAGUUACACACUCAGCAUAUUAAAGUCCGACUCUUGGCUCUGACACCGGCCACCAGAUGCUACCCGUCAUAAAAUCUGUGAAUAAAGUACUGAAUAUAUUAAAAUAUCUGAUCCAUUUACGGAUUCAUUUAAUCAUAUUCAAAAUAUAUAAAUGGCAACAUCUUGUUAAAUAUCAAUUCACAAACCAUUUCCAAUGAUUUUUCCUCCCCGUCUCCUCUUCUGCUUAAGUGACUUUAAAGCAAAGUGCACAACUGAACUAUCAGUGUAGUAUCACAUGCAGUAAGUACCUCCUCCAUGACCCGUAUGAAAGUUUUGUCCGGUGUGUUUGCUGUCAUGUAAUUCUGCUUUGAUUCUUUCAGACUUCUGAAUGUGAGUAGUCUAUGUGCAUCUGAGGACCCAUAGAUAAAUAAAUAAAUGGCAUGACUAAAAUAUUAUUCAUUGUGUAAAUAUAUAUUAAGAAUCACAUGGGUGGGUGCAAAUAAAAAUCAAUGCUGUGUAAAUUACGGAGGGGAGGGGGGGAAAUGGACUAAACCAAAUUGUAAAAUCACUGUUGAACAUCCAGCGGUAAAGGAUUGUAAAUGUGCUGUAACAAAAUAAUUUAAUUAUUAGGAGUUGUUCAAGUUAUUUUAAUGAGCAUUAUGUGUCUUAAGCUUGACUUUCAACUCAUUAAUGUAGAUGUGAAUGUAUGGUGAAUAUACAGUAAAAAGCCUUCAGUGUACUGUAGGUUGACUGCAUAUAAAUGUGACCAGGAGGGAUCAUAAAUUUAGAUGGAUGUGAGUAUAAAUAUAUGUGCAGUACAUGUGUGCCUGUCAUAGAAUACAUUGCAGUUUCCUGUUGUGCUGUCAUUUUUUACCUUUGACUAACAUCCAACUUAAAACAGACCUUUUCAGAGUCAGUAAUGAGGCAUAAGCUGUCGAAAAAAGCACUGUUUCCGGGUCCCAUUUAUUUCUAUUGCCCUUCCCACUUCAUUUUUUUGUGUAGAUACAAGUGGAAUCUGUGCACUGUGUGAGGCUGUGUCCCUCUAAUGAAUAUAACACAAAACCUGAGUCUGUUUCAAGGACAAGGUGACAGCAGAGGAAAAUAAUGUGAGACAGGAAGGAGUGGGAGGCUUUCAGGGAGAAGAGCUCCUGUACUGCAGUAACCUUAAUCCUAUAGUCUUGGAGCCAUAGUAAAGAGCGAUGCCUUGUCUCUUCAACCACUGAAUGAUUAGUCUUGAGUAAAAUAAAUCUACAUGUUUUAUAUGUAUAUGUAAUUUAAUUUUUGAAUAUGGACAAAUGGAAAAUAAAUAACUACAGCUGAAA